AUGGAACCGGUAAAAUUCCUUGUCAGCUCUUCGCAAGUAGAUGAAAGUGUCGGUUUUGGAGCCGUCAAGAAGCGACGGAUGUCGCAACCGAGGGCGAUGGCACCACAGAUAUCUCUGCCAAAGAGAGAAGCUCGAGCCUUGAGGCGAUCUCUCGCAAAUACAACACCCCAGAGCGCUCACCCUCAGCUCCAGUCUCCGUUGUUCGCAGUCCUCCCGAGCGAAGUGCGCAAUCUUAUAUUCGAGUACGCCAUCUGCCAAAGGAUUGAUCCCGAUCCUCAUGAAUCGCCUCCUGAAACUCAAAUUGCCCGUUCACGACCUCACCAUGAAAGACAUCCAGUGACACACACAGCGCUUUUACGCACAUGUCGCCUUGUCUACACUGAGACACGUACGAUACCUCUGCGGAGCGCAACACAUCAUGUUUACGGGGAUCAGGCAUUAAGCUACAAUUCUAACGAGUGGGACCACUUUCUGUUCCACAUGUCCAGACAGUCAGGAGAGUGCCUGCAUCAUCUCCACUCGACCAAUUGGUGGCUUCCCGACUUUACGAAGCACCUACAACCUCAUCUGCAGUGGAGGAAAAUCACAUGGACAAUCCUCUCAUCCAGCUGGGAUUUUACGAAUGAGUGGGAAACCCCUAAAUUCAGCUACGCUGAGAAGAUAUCAACCAAGCUCAACGAGAUCUUAUUCCCAGAUACCUGCCGCGAAGUGAAUCUGGAGCUCGAAGUGCUGAGGAAGAACCCGACACAUCGAAGAAAAUUGCGAGCCAUAUCUGAUCAGUUCCGAGAGAUCCAUCUUACUCGGCGGGAUGGGUCGAAAAUUGAGCUGGACGAGACUUACUCCAUGGAAUACACAUGGGAGGGCAAGACCUGGCAACCCGGGGACUGGGAACACGGCCAUGGAGGCUACGUGAGCGCUACGUAUCAUACGAUCCGCCUUUGCUGGCGGGCACGGGAGCCCGAAAGGGAAUACAUGCACUACGAUUACUGGGACUGUUUGCGAAGUCAGAAGAUCAAGAGGAUACCUUCUGGGUAUAGUUCUGAAAAGGAAGAGGAUGCAUGA